AUGCAAAGAACACCUGCGUUGUUGCUUGCAGCAUCAACAUGUUCUCGACUUCACACCUCGCCAAAACUCUUCACUGAACCCAUUGUCAAAAUCGAAAAUGGCACCUUCUACGCCCAACAUCCAGCAUCAAAACCAGCUCCAGGACAAGAUGCGAAGCCCAAUCGGCCACUGUUUGCUGACCUGAAUUGGUCACUACCCUCAAGUUCAACGCCAAAUCAGCAUUGGGCGAUUCUCAGUCCCUCGUCCAGUAUUCGUACUGCAUUCCUUCAGAUUCUCCGCGGCCAGUUUUUAUGCUUUCCGCCAAUGGCACGGUCAUAUCCUUACUUACUCUCACCCGAGAUUGCUGCCAAGAAAUCAAGUUUGCGCUACCCUGAGCGAGCAAUCGAGUAUGUAGGUUUUGACGUGGAACGCAAAGACUUUGGUGGAGCCUAUUUGUCUGCACGCUACGAAAGUCUGAAAGAAGACACCGACUUCACUGUACAACGAUAUCUGACUGGCAUCAUCACACUCAAUCCUGGUGAGGAAGAGUUGAAGGCCAAGAGCGUGGAUGAAGCAGUCAUGCGCAAAGUCAUGAGAGAUUUGGAACUAGAGAGGUUCUUAGAGAAGCCUGUAAGCAUGUUGAGUAAUGGGCAAAGUCGGAGAGCAAGGAUCGGGAAAGCGCUACUCGCAGCGCCGGAGGUCUUGUGCUUGGAUGCACCCUUCAUUGGUCUGGACCCUAUUGUGACGAAGAACAUUUCAAAGAUGUUACAUCGUCUUGCAGAAGCAAACGCACCAAGAAUUGUACUAUCACUGAGACCUCAGGACACUAUACCUGAGUGGAUCACACACAUCGUGUAUGCCGGUGAGGAUGGAAAGGUGGAGACCUUGGGGCCGAAAGAGGAAGUUUUCCAGCAUCUGAAGGCUCGCUAUGAAGAAUCCGAGAAUUCUGAUUCUACUGCUGAAGAGCUGAGCCCGAAACUAGUCGAACUUCGUGAGGUGGGCCGUCAGCUUUCUCAGAAGGGCGACUUUCAAACCCAUACGGCAAAGCCAUCAACCUCAACAUUGAGCCGAGAUGGUUACGAGAAACGGGACACUUGCCACAAAUCCAUUGGCGAACCCAUUGUCGAAAUGGAAGGAGUCUGUAUCUCAUAUGGCAAGAACUCUGUCCUUGGAGAUUGGCAACAAGACGUCAAAGGAACCCCACAACAAGGUCUAUACUGGAACGUACAUCGCGGCCAACGCUGGGGCAUCUUCGGUGCAAACGGCUCUGGAAAGACAACUCUACUCAGCCUUGUAACGUCCGACCAUCCCCAAACAUACUCGGCACCAGUAAAACUUUUCCAACGCUCACGGCUCCCCGAGCCGGGCGCUCGUGGCAUAACAAUUUUUGAGAUUCAGUCACGAAUGGGGCAUACAUCGCCAGAGGUCCAUGCACUUUUUCCAAAAAGACUCACGCUUCGCACAGCACUGGAGAGUGCGUAUAGUGACACACCUAUUACCAAACCACGAUUAGACGAACAAGCAACAAAGCGUGUGAAAGCUUGUCUUCGCUGGUUCGAACCAGAACUCAACCCUCUAUAUGAUGGCACACAGUCUGCGAGCGCUGGAUUGGAAUGGGCGUCCAAUACUCUCUUCGGCGAAAUCUCCUUCUCCGCUCAACGUGUCCUCUUGUUCCUCCGCGCUACGAUAAGUAAUCCCGACAUCGUCAUCCUCGACGAGGCAUUCAGUGGAAUGGACAAUCUGGUUCGCGACAAGUGUUUGCUGUUUCUUAGCCGUGGACAGACCAUGGAGAUGCAUUAUACCGACGCCGGGCCUAAACCUGUCAAGACAACUGGAGAAGGCGAGAUUGUCGUGCCAGGUCUCCAGGAACACCAGGCACUACUUUGUGUAAGCCAUAGUCGCCACGAAUUACCGGGUUGUAUUAGGGAAUGGGUGUGUUUGCCUGAACCGGGUACAGGGCCCCCACGAUUCGGCAGAUUUGAUGGACCGGUAGAGUUGGAUAGCAAAAGGUGGGAUGAGAUUUGGGAUUGGAACUGA